GCGACACUUUGAUACGAACCGCUUAAAUAUCGUUAUUCUACAUGCAUAUCUUAGUUUUCUAUCUAAUUAUGGCACAUGGUUGAUUAUUUUCUAAGAAGUAAUAAGUGUUGCAAAGAGAGAACGUGGCAUUGUUUGAUGGUUCUCCGUUGGUUCAUCAAAAUAAUUCAUAAGAAAGAACCUAAUUAAAAAGUAUAACACCAUUAACUGCCUAUUUCUAUUUACUAAACAAUAUACUAAUUCUUGUUGGUAAUCAUUGCCAACAACUAUAUAUGGAUGACAGUAGCAACUAUGCGUCUAUUUAAAUAUUGAACAUGAGAGUAGUUUUAAUAUUUCUUGGUGUUGUACAAUUUUUGGAUUUUUUUACAUUAUCUGUUGCGUGGGACAAUGAUGAAUUGGAAGUGUUCGAUGUCGUCGAAGAAGUUAAUCAAAAUUUCUAUGAACUCAUGGGUUUAUCUCAGGUGGCAAAUGCCUCAGAGAUUAAAAAAGCAUUUAGAAGAUUAUCCCUUCAACUUCAUCCAGAUAAAAAUGCUGCCGACAAUGCGGAAGAACAAUUUAGAAAAUUAGUUGCAGUAUACGAUGUCUUAAGGGAUCCUGGAAAACGACAGAAGUAUGACAAUGUUCUUGUUAAUGGCUUGCCAAAUUGGCGGUCAGCUGUAUAUUAUUAUCGACAUGUAAGAAAAAUGGGAUUGAUGGAAAUGAGUGUUAUAUUAUUUCUAUUGAUUACGAUUGGACAAUAUUUAUUAGCAUGGGCUGCAUAUUUUGAAAAGAGGUAUACUUAUGAACAAGUUUUGGGUAGUAAGCUUCAAAAAUUGCAGAAAAAAAAUCGAAAGGGUAAAAUGGAUGUGCCAGAUUUGGCAGACAUAUUGGAAAAGAUACCAACACCGAGUAUAUGGAAUACUCUUCCAUUUCAAAUGCCUAGAUGGACAAUUGCAUCAGUUGUUUCUGUACCAUCACUUAUUCGUGCUAUUAAUGAAAGUAUAGAAGAAAGAAAACGUAGGAAAAAGGAAGAAGAAGAGGAAGCAUUAGCACAAGAAAAUGAACAAGCAGAACCAGAAAUAACACCGCGUGGUCCUAGAAGAAGAAAAACAGGAUUUCCUUUACAAGAAAGAAAUGAUAGCAAUCAUUCAAAAGUUUUCACAAAAAAAGAAACUAAUGAUACAACAACUAAUAACAGUUAUGAUAAACCAACAAUAACCGGUGGAUUAUGGACAGAUGAUGAUGUCAUGGAAUUAAUCAAGCUUGUUAAAAAAUAUCCUGGUGGUACGCCAGAGAGAUGGGAAAAAAUUGCUGAUACUAUGAAUCGUACUGUUGGAGAAGUUACACACAUGGCUAAAAAAAUCAAAGAUGAAGGAUUAAAGCCUGGUGAAUGUACAGAAGAUACUGGAAUGGAUAAACCGAAAAAAGUGAAGACACGUAAUGAAAAUUCUGAUAACACUAAUAUCGAUUGGAGUCAAGAACAACAGAAAGCAUUAGAAUCAGCACUUAUAAAAUAUCCUAAAGGAGCGUCCAUUGAUAGAUGGGAAAAAAUUGCUGCAUGUGUUGAAGGAAAAACAAAGGAGGAAUGUCAAACAAGAUAUCGACAACUAGUUGAAUUAAUUAAAAAAAAGCAACAUUCGUGA